GGAGAAUGCGGUUCAAAUAACAAGUGGACAAUGGGAAGUGUCCUAUAUAAUUCUUGUUACAGAUAAUGCAAUAUAUUACACAAGUAAUGAAUAUGAAGAUUUUCCAGGAGGCAGACAUAUAUAUAGAGUUUCACUACAGGGGCCCACCAGAGAGAAGCAAUGUCUUAGCUGUACUGUGCGUAAGAAGAACUGCCAGUAUUAUUAUGCCAGGUUUAGUACUAAUGCCAAGUACUAUUCUCUGUAUUGUUAUGGUCCGUGGCUACCUAUAACUUCUAUUCAUAAUGGCACCACUAACAGAGAACUCAAGGUACUAGAAGACAACAGCAAACUGGGAGAGCAACUUCGAACAGUACGAAUGCCUGAAAACAAAAUUGGGAAUUUUAAAAGGAAUGGAAUGACAUUCUGGUACAAGUUGACCCUUCCACCAUACUUUGAUAAGUCAAAGAAAUACCCUCUUCUCAUUUAUGUGUAUGGAGGCCCCUGCAGC